AUGUCAGAAAGCUCUGGCCGGGAGUUUCCUCCGCAGCCUCCGGCUACCAAAACCAUCGUUGUGUACAGGAACGGGGACGCUUUCUAUCCUGGCAAAAGGUUUGUGAUCAACCAGCGCCACACUGCGACUUUUGAGAGUUUCCUGAGCUCGGUUACACGGGGUAUUGAGGCUCCCUUUGGAGCUGUGAGGAACAUUUACACUCCUGAAGAAGGCCACCGAGUCCUGGCACUGGAGCAGUUCUUACACGGGGAGAGAUACGUUGCAGCUGGAGCUGAACGGCUGAAAAAACUGGACUACUAUCGUAUAACAGCAAAGAGACCACAGAGAAAGGAAAAGAAACAGAUUCGACCUGUGGUUCACAGCAAAAUAAUUGUCCCAGCACGCUGGAGGAAAAACAUUAAUGAGCCAUGCACCAUCAAUGUUUUUACCAAUGGAGAUGUCUUGGUUCCUCCAGCUCGGAUACUGCUACCAAAAUAUACACUCACCAGCUGGGAGAGGGUACUGGCCAUGGUAACGGAGAAAGUUAAUCUUCGCACGGGUGCUGUGCACAGGUUGUGCAUGUUAGAUGGGACUCCGUUACUUGGUGCAGCUGAACUUGAGAACAACCACUAUUACGUAGCUGUAGGAGCAGAGAAGUUCCGACCGUUGUCUUAUUUUCAGUGGGUUCCAAACAAAGGAGUAAUCCUAGACCUCAACGAUGCUGUCAUGAAUGAAAUUCUUCCACCCCUAAAGAGUGGCAAGCCUCCGAGACACAAGUUCGCCGAUCGACCGGAAGGCAGUGCAGACUCCCACUUCUAUGCCAAACCUCACAGAGCCAAACAGCAGAGGCGUGGCUUGAAAAUCCCACACCUUUUUACAGCACAGGAGGACAGCGUAUUCCAAGCCAAAAACAAAAGGAAGGAAAUGGUGGGCGUGUCUGAGGUGCGAGAGGAUGGCAACACAAAGAUGGAUCUGCCCAUAGAUCAGAUCGAAGCCAAAGUGGUUGAAGAGGAACUGUAUGUCUACAAAUAUCCCCGACCAACGAAUCCAAAUCAAAGCCCUCACAAUGCCUUGCUCAGAGGUUCUGAUGCAGACAGUACUCCAAGACUACCGUCCAACGUUUCUUAUAAGACUUCAGUAAAUGGCUCUGCUUCAGGAGAGUCAGGGAGAGGCUCUCACCUCACCAUGCCCAGAGGGCAGUCUGGGUUGGAACUGGAGCACAAGGGUAGCGUAAGUGAGGCAGUGCUGGCCUCCUGGGUGGACAUUACCACUCUAAUCUAA